CUUCCGCCGCCCGCGGGGAUCCCCCGGGACUGCCGCCCGGGGAAGUCCCGGUGCGUGCGGGUACAAGAGGCAGCUCCGGGGCCCCAAUCCGGCAGUCCCCAGCGAUGUCGCGCGGCCUCCAGCUCCUGCUCCUGAGCUGCGCCUGCAGCCUGGUGCCCGCGGCGCGGGAGGUGACGGUGGCCUGUUUGGAGGAUGUGGACUUGCCCUGCCCUGCCCCCUGGGACCCGCAGGUCCCCUACGCGGUCUCCUGGGCCAAGCUCACAAAUGGAAGUGCAGAGAGGAUGGAGGUGCCCCAGGAGGACCUGCAGCCCUAUCAGCAGAGGGCCUCUUCAGAGGCCCCCAGGGAAAGGCUGUAUUCCCUGAGGAUCCAAAACACUACCAGCUGCAACUCGGGGACCUACAGGUGCACUCUGGUGGAUCCAGAAGGGCAGAGAAACCUAAGUGGCACCACGAUCUUGAAAGUGACAGGAUGCUCUAAGGGACGCAAAGAAGAGACUUUUAAGAAAUACAGAGCUGAGGUUGUCCUGCUGUUGGCUCUGGUCAUUUUCUACGUCACACUCAUCAUUUUCACUUGCAAGUUUGCACGACAGCAGAGUAUUUUUCCAGACUUUCUUAAACCUGCCACGGAAAAUGCUUUUCUCCCAGUUACCCCCCCAGAUAAGCAUUUGGAGCCAGUGACCCUUCACAAAACGGAACUGGUGUGAGCAGGAUGUCUGCAGAUUGUUUUUCCAAGGUUGAAGGCUCCGUGGUGUGCGUCCACGUCACAAUGGACAGGAGAAGCCUGAGCCCCACACUGAAGACACCAUCCUUCCUGUGAAGCCCUUCACUUGACUGCAACAUCCAAAAGUGGAUCCCACCCCACUUUUUGUGAGCAGGGCCUUGAAAAUUGUGACAUGACCACAAAGCACGGGGCCGCCUACAGGGUGCUUUCCAGUGCUGCUCCUUUAUGACCUUCUUAGCGUUUUAUUCAGCUAUCUGGUCAACCUCUUGGACAAGUUUUUUUCAGUCUUAGAAAAGCUAUGGUGAGAUGCAGUUGGAAAAGGACCUUGGGAUAUAUGAAUGCCUGGAGUUGGCCCUGUGUAGACCCUUGAGGGCAGCUGUCCUCUUCCACAUCUGGAAAACAUCUCUGAAUUUGCUGUGUUUUCUUGUCUAAGCCCAGAUGUUUUAUGUCUGGGAGAAAGUGACAGGCUAAGCUGAGAGACAGAGGGAAAUAUUUAGCAAAUAGUUUCCCGGCAUGAAGGCCCUGCUAUUACCAAGGAGUAUGAUGUGUACGCAGAAAUAACAGGUCGAUGAACUGUCCCCAGCAGGGCCUUUUAUCUGGGAAAGGCAUCCAUAAAGAAGCAAUAGAGAAGAAUGUCACAAUUAUUUUUAUAUCUGUGUAUACUUGUCAAAGAAGGAUUUGUGCUUCUUCUCCUUUUGAAAUCUGUAUCUUCAGUUAGAUAUUGUUGUUAACUGACAAGCAACCUGCAUAUGGAGGGUGAGAAGAAGUCGGAAACUGUGACAAUAGGAGGGAGAGCUAUUUAGGGACCUGAUGAAAAUGCUGGACCAAUUGUGCAAACUGGAUGCUGGCCCCAGUUGUCCCACUACUUAGCUGUCUGAUCUUGGACAAGAUCCUUAUGGUUUCUACUUUCUCAGUUGUAAACCAAAAGGUUGAUGUAUGCGUUGAUUGAAAAAAACGUAUGUGAAAAUUCUUUGAAAGAGUAUAAAGCACUAUCCA